GCCCACCCCCCAACCAGGAAACCCAAGGCAGGCUCCCCGCUGCCAGAGCCCUGGGGCCCAUAAGAAGACAGGGGGAGCCCAGGUGUCAUGAGAGCUUUCCAGAUUCAGGCUCCGAAAGUGCCCAGCCCCCAGCUCUCCUGCCACUCAGAAAGCAGUGCAGCCCAGGGCACCUCCGCCGCAAACACACGGCCUGGGCCGGAGGGCCUCAGAACUGUGCUGAGCUUCCCCCCUUGUAAUCUCUGCUACCAUCACGAAAAUGUUGAAUCCGCACAAAGACCGGCUGGAGCGAAGGAUCGUCGGCUCGACCAACCGCUGGCGCAUCCCCAAGGAGCCCUUCUGCGGGGACCUGCUGGCGCUGUCCCAGAUGUGCAAGGCUGUGGGUGUCGACUUUGAUGAUAUUAUGAAGAACCCAGACAAGUUAUGCUUUUCUCAAAUCCAGGAUUUUUUCACUGAGAAUUGCAAGAACAAGUCCAUCCAGAGCAGGGAGCCAGAUGUGGUUCUCGAGUGCAUGGGCUCCAAGUGGGAUCUCCAUCGGUCCCAGCUUUCCCAGUCGGAGACCUUGACCAAGCUGUACUUGGCGGCCCUGGCCCAAGGCACAGGAAGCUCCGCGAAGGACGUGGAGAGGAUUCUGCAUGAUCAAUCGCCCAGGAAGAUCAAAGAGAGGUCCCCGAUUAAGAGGAUGACCAUUUACCUGAAGAUCAAUGACCCAGCCGUCACUAGAGUCGCCUUUGCCACGGCUCUGAAGCACCUGUACCUGAGCGAGGUGGAGAUCGACUUGAACGACGUGCUGGGGGUGUUGGCUUCCGCUCACAUCCUCCAGUUCAGCCACCUGUUUCAAAGGUGUGUGGCCAUCAUGAUGAACGGACUCACGUCAAGCAGCAUCAAGAACUUCUACCUGGCCGGCUGCAAGUACAAGGAGGAGCAGCUCACCACUGCCUGCGAGAAGUGGCUGGAAAUGAACUUGGUCCCUCUGGUGGGGAUGCAGGUCCACCUCAGGAAAAUCCCACAGGAGCUGCUGCACAAGGUGCUGAAGUCGCCCAGGUUGUUCACCUUUAGUGAGUUCCAUCUUCUGAAAACAACACUUUUGUGGGUCUUCCUGCAACGAAACCAAAAAGCCCAGACGAUUCCCAACUUGGAAGCCAUGCAGACGUUUUUCAGCAGCUUCCCCAAGAAGUGUUGCUUUCUGGAACAGGACGCAGGACAGAGCUUGAUGCCGCUCUUCCUCUGCUUGCGUCUGCACAACAUCACCAGCGGCGAGGAUCUGGAAAUGUUAAGGCACCUCAACUUCUUCCCGGAGUCCUGGCUGAUGCGCAUUAUGGCCAGCCACUACCAAGCGCUGGAGAGCGGGGGUGACAUGGCCCACCUGAGGGACCUGGACACCCAGGCUGUGAGAUUCGGGCUGCACCUUAACCAGCAGUACACAACUCAGUCAAAAACGAUAGCUGUGUAUGGAUUCUUCUUUGAGUUAAAGGGAUUCAGACAUGCUACUAACGCUUACAGUUUUUAUAUGCAGAGAAUAAGGCACACAGACCUCGGGCUGUCCUCUACGGUCUUAGAGUACAGCCCGGUCAGCCUGCGGGCGGAGCGUCUGGUGAAGUAUGAGAUCAGAGCGCAGACCCUGGUGGACGGCAAGUGGCAGGAGUUCAGGACAAACCAGAUCACGCAGAAGUUUGGCUUCUCCAAGCCGUCCUGCAAGAGCCACACCUUGAAAAUCCAAACCGUGGGCACCCCAAUCUAUGCAAGCUUUGCAUUCAUCUUCCCAGUAUCUUGACAGUUUCCAGAAGAAUCUAUGGGAUCUUUCCCUCACCGGGCUGCGUCAAAGAAAAUAAAAGGACAUUAAAGGGAG